CAGUGCGAGACCAGACACAUAGAGAGGACGUGUUAGAGCAACAGGGUGCGAGAAAAGGCUUUUAUUAUUUAAUUAGUUCUCCUUUUGGAAUAAGGAGGUCAGGAUGAAUGUUGGCGUAGCCCACAGUGAGGGGAACCCCAACACACGGGUUAUGAACAGUCGGGGGAUCUGGCUGACGUAUGCACUCGGCGUGGGAAUGCUUCACAUCGUGCUCUUGAGCAUUCCUUUCUUCAGCGUCCCGGUUGUCUGGACUCUCACAAAUGUGAUUCACAACUUGGGAAUGUAUGUGUUCAUGCACGCAGUAAAAGGGACGCCGUUUGAGACGCCAGACCAGGGCAAGGCCAGGCUCCUGACACAUUGGGAACAGCUGGACUACGGAGUGCAGUUCACAUCAUCCAGAAAGUUCUUCACAAUUUCGCCCAUCAUUUUAUAUUUCCUGACGAGCUUCUACACAAAAUACGACACGGCUCAUUUUGUGAUCAACACUGCAUCCCUACUGAGUGUCCUCAUCCCCAAACUGCCCCAGCUCCACGGAGUGAGACUCUUCGGAAUCAACAAGUAUUAAUUGCUCAGAGGGAACAACACAGAGAAUCGCACCGUCUCUCUCUUUCCCUCUGCGUCACCCGUCAGGACGACGGACGCACUUUGAAGUGGGUUUUUUUUUUUUUUUUUUUUUUGUACAGUGUAAUUUAGUGUCGGUCUUUGCCAAGAUGCACCUCGAGUUACCCUGGGGCAAACAUGAUGACGCCUCAAACAUUAACUUAAAGAAGUAAAUAUUUAAUUUUCUUUCGGCUCCCUCAUGGAUCUGGGCUGGCCCGGGUUUCACAGUUGAGGUGGUUGAUGUCUGUUGUGGGUUCCUUCUUCUCCCCCUGGGUUUUGUUUGUAGGUGCGCACUAAUUUGAGUCUUUGUUUGACCUUCAUAAAGAUUUUAAACAAAAAAAAAAAGAUUCUUUAUAAGAGUCGGACCUUGUAGUCUUUCUUUUCGGUGUUUGUCCUUACCAAAAAAGAAACAAACCCAUAAAGACUUGCAUGAUUUUUUUUUCUUUCCCUCAGAGAAACAGGGUUUGUCAGAUAAAGUAUUUUGAAAAGUCCUGUGUCAGAUUUAUGAAAGAAACGGGGGGCAUGCAUUAAGAAGGUUUUAGUGUUUACUGAUCUGAGGAUUUGUGUUUAAAUGCUCUUUCCAGUCAGUGUGAUUGUUUAUUAGGACAUAACUGUGAAUCUCUUAAUAAGCAGAGCAGCUUUUUUUCAGCGUCUGUUUCUUCAUGGUAUUACUGGAGCUCAAACAAACCCUGUGUGGAAUAAAGGCUUAUUUGUGCUCUGUCUCAGUGUAUGACUCUAUGACUUGGGGGGGGUUGGCUUUCAGUAAAAAGGGAUCAUGUGUUUUAUUAUGAUACCGUAGCUACAUUAAUUACGUCAGGAGCAAAACACUUGAAACAUGCUGUUGUAGAAAAAUAAUCAGUGACAGGAUGGUGGGAUGAAGCAGUGUCUCAGUCACCAUGCUGAAGUGUUUUCUUCCUCUUUCAGCAAGUUUAACAUUUUACUGUGUUUUAGUAAAAUAAUUCUUGCACGACCUUUACGGUGAAACUGUUACUACAGUCUCAUCCAGUGCAUUACCAGGGCAACUCCAUGUUCAAUGCUCCAUCCAGCUGUGGCUUCUGACAGUGUUUGAAAUAUUUGUCACUCAUCACUUUCUUGCUUUUGCAAAUUACAUAAACACUGAUGUCACUUUUUAUCUGUUUAUAGUUACGUUUACUCGCGUAUAAAUUAAACAUGAGUAUUUUACUGGGAAAUACGCUGCUUGUACUUUUCAUCUGAGCUCUAUCCAAGACAAGGAGAACCAAAACCAUGACAUACAGUACAUAGAUUUAUGUCCCCCGUGAGGAAAUCGAUUAAUUGUUUUGAUAAAUUUGGGUACUUUUAGUUUGUGAAUGUCUCAUCUCAUUAUCUCUAGCUGCUUUAUCCUGUUCUACAGGGUCGCAGGCAAGCUGGAGCCUAUCCCAGCUGACUAUGGGCGAAAGGCGGGGUACACCCUGGUCGCCAGGUCAUCACAGGGCUGACACAUAGACACAGACAACCAUUCACACUCACGUUCACACCUACGGUCAAUUUAGAGUCACCAGUUAACCUAACCUGCAUGUCUUUGGACUGUGGGGGAAACCGGAGCACCCGGAGGAAACCCACACGGACACGGGGAGAGCAUGCAAACUCUGCACAGAGAGGCCCUCGCCGGCCACGGGGCUCGAACCCGGACCUUCUUGCUGUGAGGCGACAGCGCUAACCACUACACCACCGUGCCGCCCGUUUGUGAAUGUGUCUAUAUAAUUUUUAAAAAUCACCUGCUGGCUUGAACAUAUGAAGUUUAUCUUCUCCUGUUGAAAAACUUGCAUUUUUCGUAUGAAAUCCAUCGCGGAUAUAAGUGACACAUUUAAAUAAUAUUGGCUGGCUUUUUUUGUGGUAUAUCGGAUAUAUUCCAUUUGGCUAUAACUCGUCUUUGACUCUUUCAAUAUCAUGCUCCCUGAAUGGAAUAUAUCUGAUAUAAUAAUACGAAAAAAAACUCUCCGUUAUUAUUACAAUAAUAUAUACACAUUCCUUUCAGGUGUUCGUGUCUUUCUCACAAAAUUCUCACAAUCUACUGUAUUUAAUGAAGCAAAUCUGGUGGCCAUGUUUGUUUACAAAUUGUCAUAGUCGCUUGCUAGAGCAGAAAUUUUACAUUUCUGACGUGACAUAACAUUAAAUAUCGUAACAAUAUUGCAUGCUCGUUCUCUAUUGGGUAGAGUGAUGUAAUACAUGUAGGAUAAGCAAUAUGCUAACAAUAUUGCAUGCAAUCAAACCAAAUGAAUGAAACCUGCUAGAAGGGAAUGGUAUACAUGUUUUUAUUCCAUUGAAAAAAUGUCCUGUAUGUAUAAUAAUUCCUGAUAUUUCACUCCGAUGAUGUCACUCCCAGUGUUUUCCCACCGACUAGACGCAUGUUGUCAAAAUGGCGAACCACUUCAAAAUUAAAAUUCUUUUGAUUAA